AUGGAGGUCUUCGCGCGAAAGGGUGACUGGAAGCACCUGGAGCAUUGGAAGGUGGAAGGCCCUCGCCGCACUAGCAAAGGUUCUCUGGACAUGAGAACCAGUCGGAAAUUGCUCGAGACCCGGGACGUGAUCAUUUUGACGCCUCCGACGGGACCUUGGACUACCUGGUCAGCACGUCCGCCUGCAGCAGACUUGAGAGCCAAGGCAGCAUACUAUCCGACAUGGUGGUUGAUUUACAAGUUGUGGGAGCUGCAAAAUGAGAAAGGAGGUUUGAUCCUUCUGCAGCACCCCGCCAAGAUGAGACCGCCUGGACCCGACGACGUGCGCGAUCUGCAGAGGAUCUAUGAGGGGGCCGUGGCCCAGGAGAACUCCCCCGACUGGCUGGAUCGAGAAUGGGUAUAUCGAGGGCAUGUGGACAUGUGUCAAAUGGAUCUGAAGGACCCCGACACUGGCAUGCCCAUCAAGCUGGCCAGCGGGAUCGAAGUAAAUAAUCCAUACUGGUGCGCAUGCCUGGAGGCUGGAGCCAAGUGCAAGCAUGUGGACCCCAACAUGGAGCUCAAGGGUGCUGUUGACAGCACAAGAGGUGCUGGAGAGCAAGUGGAGCGGUCGCCGGAGGGGCUGCUGCGCCAGAGAUUGGGCGAGGUCACGGGCCAGCGCUUCGACUACAUCUACUUCGAGGGAGCGAGUGGAUCACUCUCGCGGCAGUUGAGAAGCACGCUGGCCAAGCUACAUGUGAUGCUGGGGCACGUGACUAACACGAAGCUCAAGAGGAUGCUCUACCUCAGCGGCGCCAAGGACCACAUACUGAAUGCGGUCACGGACCUCAGAUGCCAGGUGUGUCAAACGGUGCUGCCGCAGACUCCUGCUCCUAAGGUUUCCUUUGACAAGCCCCAAAGGUUCAACGAACGCAUCCUGUCGGACGUGUUCUUCGUGUGGGACUCCGCGGGGGAGAAGUAUGCUGUGGCUCAUGUCAUUGAUGCUUUCAGCCUCUACAUGAUAGCCCGCGAGCGGAUUGGAUCUCCAUGGUGGAGACCAUGGCACGAUCGUCAUGACAUCGUUCCCCCGACGGCAAAGUGGAGGAUGGGACUGGCUGAAAGGCACGGGGCGGUCCUAAAGUUGCUAGUCAUGAAGACGAUUGUGGAGGUGACAGCCAAGGGAUACCGUGAAGUUUCGGAAUGUGUGCUUUCGGCGGUGGCUGCCAGAAAUAGGCAAGUUCGUGUUGGGGGUUUCUCCCCCACCCAGAUCGUCCUGGGCAAGGAUGUGGCAAUCUCCUCCUCCCUCCUGGAGCAGCUCGAGAAAGGCCACUUCAAGUACGUCCUGAAUCAGGAUUUGAGCUUCGACGAGGCGAGAAGGAGGAAGGCGCUCAACUCGUGUACUUUUGGGACCCUCACCUGGUCGAAAAGGGCUUCCAAAGAGGUUGCAAGACCAGACCUCCUGGACUGGACCGGCUGUGGUGGUGGCACUGGAGCGGCGAGGAAGUGGGAGAGCAGUAAAGUCUGUGCGGAGGCACUCGAAGAAGUGGAGAAAGAGCUGACGGGUGGCCGGCCCGACGUCGAGGAGAUGUUGGACGAUGAGCAGGUCCCGGAAGAUGAGCCUUUGCUGGAGUUCCCCGACGAUGAGAUCGAGGAAGACCAGCAGCAGAGCGGUGAUGGAGGGGCAUCGGCCCUUGAUGAUCUUCCAGCUCAACUGCGCCGGGAGAAGAGGGACGCCGAGACCAGCGUCAAGCCAACCCCGCCGAAGAAGUUGCGCUUUGAAGAGGCAAAGGAGCAGACUGCUGCUCAAAUGAAGCACAUGAAAGAAGUUAUGAAGAAGUACGAGCCGGGAGCCCCAGGACGGAACGAGCAGCAGGGAGGCGCUACCUCAUCGACGGCACCUCCACCGAGCGCACCCACACCUCCUCCACAACAAGCUUCCCACCGAGGGCACGGAGUGUUCCACAGCUCCCGAGAGGUACAUGGGCUACUACAUGUGCAACGAGUGUACCAUCUGCGCAAUGCCACCCGGAGCCAGAGGAAGAUGCUUCUAGCUGCUAAAAGGAAUGGCUGGAGCACGUACGUGGCCGAGGUGCUGGAUGUGACGAACGAAGUGGAAGGCGUCGUGAAGGACGAGUCUCAUGAGACGCCCAACCCCGCCGAGGAUCUCGUCACAGGCAAGCCCAGGCUUGAAUUCCGCUGGAAGGACCUGGAUGAGGAAUGGAGGUCAGCCUUCGAGAAUCCUAUCAAGAAGGCGGUCGACGUCUACAUCGACAACCAGGCCCUGCGACCAGUUCCUCAAGGCCAGCUGGUGCCACCGAUGAAGGUGUUACCUUCUCGGUUCGUCUUGACCAACAAGGGCAAAGACACUCUGGAGGAAGCCGAAUUGAAAGCAAGGUGGGUCCUUGCCGGACAUUUGGAUAAGGAAGCUGGCCAAUAUGCUACCGAGGCACCAACUGCUAACCUCAUCUCCCACAACGUGAUCUGCUUUCUCAGCGCUCACCUCAAAUGGAAGAUGAGAUAUGCGGACAUAUCGGCAGCCUUUCUUCAGGGCGAGUUCCUGGAGGAGACCAGAGAGGUCUAUGUCAAAUUCCCGAGGGGAUACCCGGACAGUGUGACAGCGCACCUCAGGCAGCGAUUGGCAGGCCUGACCAAAGGUACGAUCCGAGAAGACCUAGUUCAGCUUGUGAAAGGUGGUUUCGGACUGGCGGAGUCGCCUCGGUUGUGGUACCUGAGACUCCAGCGGGGCCUAGAGAGUCUGGGACUGCUGGCCCCGGGGACCUUCACCUUUCAUGUUCGAGGCCACUUCCGUGGGGUGCUGGCGGUUCACGUGGACGACAUCCGAAUGGCCUUUCACCCGCUGUUUGAGCACCUCCUCGACAAGCUGAAGGACCUGUUCAAGUUCGGCGAAUGGCAAGAUGCCAUGUCCAAGAAGGUCAAGUUUUGUGGCAGGUGGGAGUCACAAGACCCGAAGACGUUCAAGGUGACGGUUACCAUGGACGGGUAUGCACCCAAGCUUCGGGAUCCGCCUCAGCGAGAAAGCCAGGACCGAACUCCACUGACCGAUGCGGAACGCAAAUGGGUCUCGUCUGUGGGAGGUCAGCUGAACUGGAUGGCCUGCCAAGGAAGAGCCGAUCUGGCAUUUGGCAUUUCGAAGGUUCAGCAGAUGUCCGGAGCCCGUGAUCCAGAAACGAUGAAAGCAUUGGGCCAGCUCGUACGCAAGGCCAAGGAACCAUACGAAUAUGUCUUUCAGGAGAUUGAUGGCGAGAUCGAUAACAUGGUUUUCCUUGGUGUCAGCGAUGCUUCGCACGGAGCUAUGCCGAAGGGGAGAUCGCAAGGCGGCCUCAUGGUCUUAGUCGCAGACGAGAAGAUCCUUGACGGCGAGGCGGUUGUCAAUUGUUUGAUGUUUCAUAGCUCGGUCAUAAAACGAGUUGUGAGAUCCAGUCUCGCCGCGGAGGUUUCUCAGGCGGCGGAAACAAUGGAGCAGACCGACUACGUGCGCGCGAUGUUCGCGGAGAUGGUCGAUCCCGAGUUCUCUCUUUCGGAGUGGCGAUGGAGCGCUGGCAAGUGGAGGGAGAUCCUGGUCCUCGAUUCGAAGACAGGCUACGACGUCCUGAAUGGCAUUAGCAAUGGCGAGGACAAAAGAUUGGCCAUUGAUGUGGCCAUCUUGAAGGAGGCGCUCUAUGAGCCGGGGAGCAACAAGUGGCUUCGCUGGGUUCCGGGCCUGACCAUCCCAGCGGACGGCCUCACCAAGGAGUAUGGGAAUGCCAUGCGCGACCUGGUGCUACGAGGCGGGCCCUGGAGUUUGAAGGACUCGCCGGCUGCGCAGAAACUGCGUGAAGAGGCGGGUGUGAAGUUUGACAUGUGCAGCUUCCGACGCACAUCUGUGGGAGCCGAUAUG